CACAUCCAUGUACCAUACACUUUCCGCGCCCGAGAGAAGGAAAAGGAAAAAAAAAACGUGGUCCAGACGGGUCUUACCGGACGGCACACCACUCGACAUCAUCAUCACCAUCAUCAUCACCAACACCAGGCACUCUGCUUGCCCACCAGUGACAUGCGUUCCCUUCUGCCGGUCCACACCUCACUGUCACACGGGACGAUUUCCCAGCUGCGAAUGUGUAGGGAGGUAGGUACGAUUUACCGCAUAAUCAUCAUCCGUUCACCGAUUCGCCUCCAUGAGCGCGCGCCGUGCAGAGAGUGCCCCCUGCGCGCCGCCGCCGCACUCACUCAAUCCAGCGGGGUAUGUACUUACGGUACAUAGAGCAACCUGCUGCGAGCAGCGAUAUCCAUCGGCACAUCGCAUUCGUCUCGUCUCUCGCCUCCGAUCAUCGGCAUCCGUGGGCCGGCACUCGCAGCGGGUUUUCUUUCCUCGCAUUUCUCUCCUGUGCGUGUUUUCCCCCCUUUUCUUUCCUGCCUGUCUUUCGCUUGCCUGCGAACGAGCUCCUGCUCUCCCCACAAAUCCCCCCCGCGCUCUCCUCCUCUCCACACAUCACGCACGUACAAUCGAUAGGUGGGCCAUGUAGCAGGUGCAUAUCCCCCCCUUCCCCCAACAACAAGGCGGGGAGAGCCAGGUUUCUCCGUUCAGGGGUGGUGGUGGUGGUGGUGGUGGUGGUGGUGGUGGUGGCGGUGGUGGUGGUAGUGGUGGUGGCAGCAAGUUGCGAGCGGGGGGGUUGGAAGGUGGAGAGGGUGGAUGGACAGGGUCGGGAUGGAUGUGGAGCAACAGCUGCUUCAUGCAUGCCGACAACAUCCCGGAAAAACUUUGUGCCGGCCAUCCGGCAAGCAGAAACGGACAAGGCUGGCAGCAAUUAAUGGACCGCCAUUGAGAUCGCGGUGGUUAGCUAGUGGGGCCUGGGCAGCCCCAGGGUGUGCGUUCUUCUUGGAGGGAUAGGUACGGUACUAGGUGCUCUAUAGCACCGGUAGUGCGUAUCAUCAUGUCCACACUCUAUGAGCUCCGAUUCCGUCG